AUGAGACAGUCAAACUUCAAAAUUGAACAACCGACUGGUCAAUACGAUCACAGAACCUUCACAGGAGAAAUCAAGCCAUACACAAUACGCACCAUGGGUUACGUUCAAUUGGAAAUACUUUCCUUUUCAAUUUCGCCGAUUUCAAUUCAACAUAAAAGGUUCAUCACCGAUAAUCAAACAACUGCAUACUUGGAUGAUGACACCUCCUUUAGUUAUGCCUCGAUGGCCGAUCAGCAAGAACCUCAGCAAGACAUGGACGAGGAGGUUGAGGAAGAUGUUCCCGUAGGAACCUGGUCAACCCGCAGCAGAUCAAGAAGAGGACAACAUCAAGUUCAACAAGCCCCAGCACCUCGUCCUGAGCUGCAUGUCGUUGAACAGCCGCCGUUUCAACCCAGAAAACCAUCACGGGCAACCAAAAAUUUCAAAAGCGACCAAGCACCGGGCGCACGGCCAAAAUCAUCUAAAACCUUUCGACGUGAUGAGAGUCUUCUACACGUCGUAGAUCAAAGGACUAUUGGAAUGAAAACGACUUUGGAGAAGACCUUCAGUGGUAUGGACCAGCUGUACGAGCAGUACGAGGCUCUGCUUCGAGAGUUCCAGGAGCAAACGGAGCGACUUCGGGAACUCAUGGCACCCCCACCCCCGCCGCCGCGUGCUCGCUCUCCCCAGCCUGGUCCCAGUCAUCAGCAGGAAACUUUAUCAACAACUCCGAUGUGCGUUUUGUGA